UAUUAGAGUUACUUCCCAUAAACAAUGGCAAUGGCAUCAACUGGAACUGACGAUCUAGAAAAUGAACUCGUAAGAUCGUAUUUGACGUUGGAAGCUAUUGACACUAAUAUCUUCAGAGCUUCACCAGUGAAUCUUUGGCGCCCCCUUGCUGGAAGAUUUGUUUAUGGAGGACAGGUAAUCGGUCAGGCACUGAUAGCAGCCUGUCGUACUGUCAAAGAAGAACAGCAUAUUCACAGCUUACAUUGUUAUUUCUUAAUUGGAGGAAAUGCCAAGAAACAUAUCCUAUACCAUGUAGAUAGAACUAGAGAUGGAUCUACAUAUAGUUCUAGAGCAAUCAAAGCUACACAGGAUAGUGUACCAAUAUUUACCAUGCAAGCUUCAUUUAAGAUGGAAGAGUCUGAUCCAUUAAAACAUCAGUAUGUCAUGCCUGUAGUCCCAGGACCAGAAGAAUUAGUAGAAAGCUAUGAUUUCUUACAAUCCCAGUUAGAAAAUGAGGAGACAACCAAAGAAAGUAGAGACUUUAUCAAGAGGAUAUUAGAAAGAAAAAUGCACAUAGAGAGACGACCUGUGGACCCUCACCUUUAUCAUGGUUUGACCCAGGGAGAACCCAGACGAUACAUAUGGGUGAAAGCUAGUGGUCAUAUUGGACCAGACAUAAAGUUACAGCAGUGUAUAGCAGGAUUUAUGUGUGAUAUGUUAUUGUUGGGUGCAGCCUUACAGCCUGCUGUUCCAGGGACCAAAGUAGGCUACAUGGCAUCAUUAGAUCAUAGUAUGUGGUUCCAUAAUCCUUUCAGGGCAGAUGAAUGGAUGUUGUACGAGAUAGAAUGCCCUCAAUGUGGAUCAGGGAAAGCUUUAUGUACAGGAAGGAUGUGGAGACAGGAUGGUGUAUUAGCUGUGUCAAUGGCCCAGGAAGGUGUUGUCAGAUCUGCUCUGUGAUAAAGGCAGCACUUACAUUCAACAUUUAUCUGGCUUGAAUUAUGAAAGUAAAGAGGCAAUAUCAGAUAUGAAACUUGUGUCAUUUUUUAAAACUUUUUUUAUACAGGAUAGAAAUGUUUAUGUAUAGUAUGACCACUUCAUGAAACUCAUUUAAAAAAAAAGGACUUAAGCAUGUUGCAUGUAUCAUUAUUUCUUUAACUUCUACAUAUAAUUGUACAAAAUUCUUUAAAUCUAAGAAAAAACAAAGAAUUCUCCAGAGUUUAAUUGAAGCUAAGCAGUUGAGAAUUAUUAUUUAUUUGAAAAAAUAUGUUUAUUAUAUAGAUUAAAUAAAAGAAUCUAACAUGUUAUAAUUAGAUAUGUAUAGGAAUAAUGAGCAUCUACAAAUAUUGAUUGUACAUCUGUGAUGACUUAUUUUAAAAUGUAUUUAUAAGACUUUUUUCUUUUAAUCAAUGAGCUUAUUGCAAUUUUUUACUCUCAUUUUGAGCUAUUUCAUCUGUAAACCCAGAUGCUAGACUUAUAUUGUUAUAAUCAAAUGUGGAUUUAACUUGUUCAAUGGUCAAAAUUCUAUUCCGACAAAUAUUCUUUAUUUCCAAAAAGUGCUACCAUGCCAUGUGAUGCCUCUCAAAAAACAACAAAUCACUAAAAGAAAAAAAGAUAAAUUAAAGAUUGCCUGCAUAUUGACUAUUGUCUAAAAAAAACUGACGAAAGAUUUUGACCACUUAUUUCAUUUGAAUCAAUUAGUUUAUGUGAAAGAUUUUAAUUGAAUUAGUCAUUAAAAAAGAUCUGAUUUAAGCUCAAAUAUGAAAAAUCUACAUGAAGCAUUCUACUGUCCAAUAAAUAUUUAAAAGUUUACAUUUUAACAAUUUUGUACAGCUGCUAUAUUUUGGGGCCAAAAAGGGGUCUUACUGGACCUACUCCUUUAAAAAAAAAAACUAACCUUCCGAGGAUAAAUUAUAUAUAAAGUAAAUGAACAAUACGUGUACUGAUCCUUGGGUAUUGUAAAUUCAGUAAUUAUUGCAUGCAUUUAUUAUUGCGAUUUUGUCAAUGAAGACUAAAAUGCGAUUUAAAGUUUUGCAAUAUUGAUCAAAUUCUAGUUUUAGUUUAUAUCAAAAUAAAUUCUGAAUUUACAGUAUUACAAAGAUAGUUUAUAUUAAUUUUAUUAUUUAACUUUUAAAAUUAUAAUGUUAAUUUAUCAGUGAUAUAUUAAUGAAGCAUUAACCAUACGAUUGUUUUUGUGUUAAAAGAUUUUUUAUGAAAUAUUUAUUUCUUCUUUCCUGUAUAUUGUCCAUAUCUUGAUAGUGGAUAUUUUUGCUAUUAUAUAUUAUAUUGUCAGCAAAACUUUCCCAAUUAACAGUUGUUAAUCAAAACACUUUAAGAAUAACCUCCUUUUUAUUAAAGUUUAUGACUGAUUAUAACAAAGAAAUGAUACUUAUAGAUCAA